AUGCCGUCUCCUCUCCCCGGUUACCGGGCAUGACACAAUGUCUGCCGGUAUAAAAAGCUAGGGCCACUCCUAUCCAGGCUCCACUCGUAUGUCUGGAGAGCACUCCGGCGCAUUAGGGGAGGAGGCAGACUGCUGUUGGGUUCCUGACAAGCCUACGUACGGUGGAACGUGAGGGACAAGCAGGCAGAGCAGAGCAGAGGAGAGGAUGGCCACGUUGGUCGAAUCUGCAGAUAUGGAGACUUUGGGUGGCCAGAGCAAAAUCGGGGCUUCCCCGACAUCCUCCGGCCCCUCGCAGCAUUUCAACGACAGCAAAUUCUACCUGCUGGUGGUCAUCGGGGAGAUCAUAACGGAGGACCACCUCAAGUGUGCCAUUGCGGAUAUAGAGAAAGGGAUCCGUUCUUGGGACACCAACCUCAUUGACUGUAACAUGGAUCAGGAGCUCAAGCUGUUUGUUUCCAGACACUCGGCCCGGUUCUCUGCAGAUGUGAGAGGGCAGAGAAUUCUUCACCAUAAGAGUAAUAUCCUCGAGACGGUGGUCCUUAUUAACCCUUCAGAUGAAGCUGUCAGCACUGAGGUUCGUUUGAUGAUCUCAGACACUGCCAGGCACAAACUUGUGGUCCUGUCAGGGCAAUGCUCUGAAAACACCGGAGAACUGAUUCUUCAGUCUGGAUCGUUCUCUUUCUUUAACUUCAUAGACAUAUUCACUGAUCCAGAGAUUGGUGAAUUGCUCAGCACCAUUCACCCAGCUAACAAAGCCAAGCUUACACUCUCUUGCCCCGACCAAGGCGACUGGAAAAACUCCAACUUGGACAAACACAAUCUUCAAGACUUCAUUAACAUGAAACUAAACUCCAGUCUCAUCCUCCCUGAAAUGGAGGGCCUCUCAGAAUUCACAGAGUAUCUGUCUGAAUCAGUCGAGAUCCCAUCUCCUUUUGACAUGUUAGAACCUCCAACCUCAGGUGGAUUCCUCAAACUCUCCAAACCAUGCUGUUAUAUAUUCCCUGGUGGUCACGGUGACUCUGCUCUCUUUGCUGUGAAUGGUUUCAAUAUGCUCAUUAAUGGUGGCUCGGACAGGAAAUCCUGCUUUUGGAAGCUGGUGAGACAUCUAGACCGGGUAGACUCUAUCCUUCUGACCCACAUUGGUGAUGACAAUCUGCCAGGCAUCAAUAGCAUGCUGCAGAGGAAGACUGCAGAGUUGGAGGAGGAACAGUCACAGGGUUCAACAGGUAACAGUGACUGGGUAAAAAACAUGAUUUCUCCAGACAUUGGCGUUGUGUUUGUGAAUUUUCCUGAAAACCUGGAUAAUCCAGAACCAAAUUACCGAGUGCGCAGAAAUGUUGAGGAGGCUGCCAUCACCCAGCAAUUCCUCAACAAGCUGAAUUUGAGGAUUGAACCUUUGCAAAGGCCAGUAGGGAACACGAUAGAACCAAUCAUACUUUUUCAGAAAAUGGGUGUGGGGAAGCUGGAGAUGUACGUGCUCAAUCCAUCCAAGAAUAGCAAGGAGAUGCAGCACUUUAUGAAGCAGUGGACAGGAACUGAAAAAGACACAACUUCCAUUCUACUUCCAAAUGGAAAAGAAUCUGAGUUCCCUCUGUCAUACUUGACCUCGGUCUCUUCGCUCAUUGUUUGGCACCCUGCGAAUCCCUCAGAUAAGGUCAUUCGAGUUCUCUUUCCUGGAAAUGCCACCCAGCAACACAUCUUUGAGGGCCUAGAGAAGCUAAAGCAUCUUGAUUUCUUGAAGCAGCCAAUUGUCACUCCAAAAACUAUGUCCACUAGUUUGCCUUCAACACCGACAUUAAAGCAAGCAAAGAUGAAACACAGAACUGACAGCAAAGAGAGCCUGAAAUCCACUCCGAAGCCAUCACCGAGCAAAACCGUUCGAAAAGAGUCAAAGGAGGAAACACCUGAAAAGGCAAAGAUAGAUGCAGAAUCAACCCAUGAAAAAAUGCAAAAGACAGACAAAAAAGAGAAGGUACCACUGAAAAGAGAGAAGGUGAAAGCGACUGAGAAAGAAUCAAAAGCAAAGGCGGAUCAAACUGCCCAAAGUGAAACUCCAGAAAAGAAGAAGUCUGAAGUAAAGCCCAAAGCUGAAAAGACUGUUAAAAAGGAUGUUAAGACAUCAGUGGAGAAGAAAAAGGAGGUUAAAAAGGAUCUUUCAAAAAAGGAGGAUACAGCCAGACAAGAUGUUAAAAAGGAUGACAAAGUGAAGAAAGAUGAGGGAAGGAAAGUUAUGAAGAAAGACAUCAGAAGAGACUCGCCUAUGAAAGAGAAAAAAGAAGAAAAGAAAGAGCUAAAGAAAGAUGUGAAAAGAAUCUCUAAAGAUGUAAAAAAGGCAUCCACAGCAGGCGAAGAGAAAAAUCUCAAACCAAAGCCUCUGAGGAAAGAGGACACAUCAAAGAAGGAUGCAGGUGCAUCCAAAUUGAAAGAGAAAGGAAAGUCAAAGGUGACAAAGAAGGAGACAAAGGUGGAUAGUAGCAUUGUGGCAGCGAGUGCUGCUGCCAUCACAGAGGAUCCAGAAGUAGAAAGAUCCAUGAUGUCCUCACCAGAGGACCUCACUAAAGACUUUGAGGAGCUGAGAGCAGAAGAAUUGAUAGAGGAUGAUGCAACUGUUCAACAAAACCAGGAAAGAGAGGCUGAAAUGAUCCCCCAUGAAGAUGUGAUACAGACCAAAGAGUCACCAGAGGCUUUAGAGUCUGUGGAUGAGGGUAUAACAACAACUGAGGCUGAAGGAGAUAAUGAAGAGACUCCAGAAGAGCAAGCAGUUAAAGGAAAACUCAACGGCAGUGUAUCUGAGAAGUUUGAAGAUGAGGGCACCGUAAUGGAGGAGACCUCAGAGGGAGGGGAUUAUGAGGAGAAGGGAGAGACAGAAGAAGUUUAUGAGCCACAGAAAGUGGAGCUAGGCAGAAAUGAGCCCACCUCUAGUACAGAUGACCACCAAACCAAAGUGAAACAAGAAGAGCGUGUUGAGGAAGAAGACCUGACUAACAAAAAUGUGGUAGAGGAGCAUGUAAGUCCCAGAGAAACUGAGAAGCAAAUGAUGUUUGUUUCAGCCUCACCCAAAGUGUCCUCACCAGUUUCACCAGCUGUGUCUAUCCAUGAUGAAGUGCUUCCAGUUGGCUUUGAGAGCUCUGUGGCUUCAGAUGAUGAGAACAGAGAUGAGGCCCCUGAGGAUUAUACUGUCACAUCAGGCUACACUCAGUCCACCAUUGAAAUCUCUAGUGUGCCUACUCCCAUGGAUGAGAUGUUGACUCCAAGGGACAUGAUGAGUGAUGAAGCCACCAAUGAUGAGACAGAAUCUCCAUCACAGGAUGUCGGCAGGUUUGGGAAGUCAGCAUCAGGGGAGUUUGAUAAAAAGAAGCUCUCUCCGCUUCAGGAUGUGCCAGGGGCAGAUCACUCUCAUAGUGCGGCCACUGAGGGCCAAGACUACAGCCAUUCUGCUUCAACAAUAUCUCCCCCUUCAUCACUAGAAGAGGAUAAAUUCUGUAAAGAGUUCCUUCUGGAAGAGAAAGCUGAAGGAUUUGCCACAAAUCAAGAGUCACAUGGCAUAUAUGAGACUGAUUCAGCCAGACUCAGCUCAUUAGCCACAACAUCACCUUUUGUUCGUUCUCCCUCAGUGGAAUGCAAAGACAAAUUUGAGCCUCCGUCCUUGUUUGCUGCUCCAAUUGAACUCUCCUCAACGCUGGCAGGGUGCACCAGGGCAGCAGCUGAUUCCUCCAUGAGCCCAGACGACAAGACAAUGGACGGAGCAAACUCCCCUCAGUCUUCAGGUCAUACACCCUACUAUCAGUCACCAGUAGAUGAGAAAGUAGGAUGUCUACAACCUGAGUCUGAAGACCAGGCACAGGGUCCGGUCAUUGUGGACGUCACAAGUGAUAAAGAGGAUUCCUCCAGCAGAGUUACCCCUGAGCCAAAUGGGCCUCAACUUCAACAUUCCUCCCAAGUGGAGAGGGUAGUGUCCCCUCCCAAGAGUCCACCACCACCUGAGCCUGAAUCCCCAAUAAAGAAGGAGAAGUCGCCUUUUGACAUAGAUCCCAAAAAUCAAGAAUUUGAAGAAAACUGCAACUUAAUCAUGUCUACAGCAUCAGUGACCAAACAAGAAUCUGACACCAAUCCUUCUGCCGGUUUCAAAGAAGACAGCAAGAUGUCCAUUUCAGAGGGCACAGCCUCAGACAAGUCUGGAACGCCCCUAGAGGAAGUUGUGGCAGAAGACACAUUUUCACGUCUUGCCUCUGCGUCCACAGCCUCUCUGGCCACCAGUUCAUUGCCAGAACCGACUACAGAUUCACCUUCCCUUCAUGCUGAGGUUGGCUCUCCUCAUUCAACCGAGGUAGACGACUCGUUAUCCGUUUCAAUGGUUCAGACUCCAACUACUUUCCAUGAGGCUGAGGGAUCUCCAACAAAGGAAGACAGUCCAAGGCCCAUGUCUAUUUCCCCUGACAUCUCACCAAAGGCAAAAAGCAGGGCACAGGACACAAAAUCUCCAGAGCAUUCCACUAUGUCAAUUGAAUUUGGCCAGGAGUCUCCCGACCAUUCGUUAGCGCUGGAUUUCAGUAAGCAAUCCCCUGAGCACCAGUCAAUAGGAAGCAGCUCACGUGCCACAGAGAAUGGCCCAACCGAGAUUGACUACAGCCCGUCAGAUGGAGCAGAGGUGAAAGCAUCAGGAGAUCCCAGAUCUGCAGUGGAGAACACUUUGCUUUUUGAAGAGGGUGACUCAGCCCGUGCCACCUCUGCAACCCCCUCAGACGCAUCCCAGUCAACUCCCUCGGUUACAACCCCAUGUCAAAUUACAGAGAUACAACACGCUGUGGGUGAGCAAACAGAUAAGUCUCCAGCCACCCCAAAAGCAUCGUCUCUUACCCUUUCUCCCCAUUCAACUGAGCCGUCCCCUGUGCUAGGAGGCCUCCCGGCUAUGGAAAGCACCAGCCCAUCUGGUGAGGGUUCAGCUGCAUCUGACACACAACAAAAAUAUGACAAGUCACCCUCACCUCCAAAAGUCUCUUCCCCAUCCUCUUCUUUGAAUAUUUCAAAAGGAGAUGCUAUUUCCCCAGCCAAGGACACUAAUCCUUUUAAAAGUGAGGAUUCUGAUCAUGAGAAAAAGUCUCCUCUUAAUCCAAGACUCCCUUCACCCUGUAGUCUACCUCUCUCUUCUGAUGCACACUGUUACAACACUGCAUGUGGUUCCAGGGACCCAAACUCCACAAAGAGGAGCCCCUGUGCACCAUCCAAAAAUGAUGUUGACAUCUGCCUUGUGACCUCAUGUGAGUACCGUCACCCCAAGACUGAACUGUCCCCAUCUUUCAUCAAUCCGAAUCCUCUUGAAUAUUUCAUCAAUGAAGAGAAUGCUUUAGAUGGAGAAAGACCUUUGGCCAAGUCUGGUGCAGGGCCUCCACCGCCAGGAGGAAAGCACUGUGCUAAACAAUGCGAAGAGACGCCUCCCACAUCUAUCAGCGAAUCGGCCCCCUCUCAGACAGACUCUGAUGUUCCACCAGGGACAGAGGAGUGCCCCUCCAUUACAGCAGAUGCAAACAUUGACUCCGAAGAUGACUCGGAGACUCUGCCAACUGACAGAACUCUGACCUACAGGCAUGCCGAUCCUCCUCCAGCUGCACUCAGGGACUCUGCUCCAUCUUCAGGCCACCAUGAUGUGUGCAUGGUUGACCCAGAGGCACUGAAGGCAGAAGAAAACCUUCACAAUGCUAAUACGGAUGGAGGAGAGAAGUCCAGCAAGAAAAAGCUCUCAAAAAAGUCUUCAUCGCCUGCAAGAAAGGUCCCUCUGUCAAAAGUGAAGGACUCAAAGACUGCCUCUCCUAAGAAAGGUGCGGGAGAAGGGAAAGACGCCAAGAAUGCAACCAAUACCUCUGCAUCCAGAGGUGUGAAAAGCACCACAUUAGGCACGGCUAGUGGAAAAGCAUCUUCUUUGCCCAGCUGUCCUCCCAUGUACAUGGAUUUGGUUUACAUCCCGAAUCACUGCAGUGCCAAAAAUGUGGAUGCUGAAUUCUUUAAACGUGUGCGAGCCUCCUACUAUGUGGUCAGUGGCAAUGAUCAGACAGCUCAGGAACCCAGUCGGGCUGUCCUCGAUGCUUUGCUGGAAGGAAAAGCCCAAUGGGGAAACAACAAACAAGUCACGCUGAUCCCAACCCACGACACGGACGUGAUGAGGGAGUGGUACCAGGAGACCCACGACAAGCAGCAGGAGCUGAACAUCAUGGUCCUAGCCAGCAGCAGCACCGUCGUCAUGCAGGACGAGUCCUUCCCAGCUUGUAAGAUAGAGAUGUAAGAUGAAGAUGUGAGCCUGCUCUGCCAGAGAUCAGGAGUGAUCAUUUUCUGUGGGGAGAAAACUAAAUCCAUGUAGCAUUAAGCCUGAGAAGACCUUUGAAAACACCAAAUGAAAAACCUGCAAGAAGUAUUGACCAACAAGAAAGAAAUACUGAAACUGUGACCAGAUUAUGAUAGAAAUAGAUCGAAUAGAGGAGAAGUAAUCAAAUUAACCAGCAUAACCAUGAUUGUCCACUUUUUCUGAUUCGUAUAUAGUUCCAAUAAAGCUGUUGUUGAUGUAUUGAGCUUUGCCUGAAUCCCCAGAUCAACAUAUAUUGAAGCUUUGAAUCAAUUUCUUUGCACUCAGGAGCUAUUGUAUCCUGCAUUUCCUGUCUAUUCAAGUAAUGGCUGUUUUGUACACCAAAGGACAAAACAGAAAGUGUGUCACUGCCUUAGCAACUCAAAAUGAAUGUAGAGGAACUGGCAUAAAGUUGGAAAGGUAACCCGGAACAACUGAGGUUUUUCCCAAAAUGACAUUUUAGUAAUGACAGAGUGAAACUACGCAGAUACAUUAAAGGGACACACGACUAUGAUGAGCGUUAGAAUGGUCUCUAAGCAUCUUAUUCAUCAUAAGGGAGCCAGAGUGCUGCUAAUGAAACUUUUCCUUACGUUGUUACAUUUGCUAGGUUUUAUUUAUUAUUCCGUCAAUGUCUGUUUUUGCCUGUUUUACGUUGCUGCUGAUGUAUUAGAAAUGAUUUCUAAUGUAAGAUUUAAACUGAUUGUCCGGAUACUUUGCAACAGGAAGUAGCUUCAUUGUGCUCUCCCAUGCUUUUUUCACAUCUGUAAAAUCUUUUUAGAGGACAGCUUUUAGUUUCAGGUUAUCAGUUUGAGUUAAUAAUUCAGAUUCUUUCAGGAGGCAAGAAAUUGAUAUGAUUUCUUAUAAAUGUUUUUUAUGUAAUCAGUGAGCUAUUGGGAAGAUUCCCUGUUGUAUAGCUGGUGAAGCAGGAUAUUUUCAUAAACCUUAAAAUGUCUUGUUUUUCUAAAAGCAUUGUACUAUAAUUAUAAAUAGCUUUGUGGCCAAUGGAGUGGUUGAGAGGCAUGCAUGAGUUAUGCUACUUUAGGAUUUUUCUCUUUUUUUAAAAUGGGGGUUUUGCUCAGACCUGUGAAUUAAGAGCAGGGAUGCAUAGAAUUAAUUUUAAUAACUAAGGAACAUUCUGAUUUUUGCUGGUUGUGCCAUGACACAUGUACCACACAAACGUCGGUGGUUGCCGGGGGUCACUAUCUUUGGAGUGCGGGAUGUUGGAGAUUUCUGGACUGAUACGGAAGAUUUAGGCCAGAAUGCCAGUGAGUCAGCUUCUAGAGGGGGCGUAGUCAUUAAGGGAAGGCAGCACACAGAGGUGAGACAGAGGCUGACUUGUCUGUUUUCAAUGAAAUUGUGAAAAACAAAAACCUUACAGAACAAACAAGACACAUGCAAAACAAACAGUACAGAGGCCAUGCUGUAGAUCAACUCUGACAGGCCAGCUUCUGGAAAAACAUUUAACAAAUCACCACAUGAUGAUUACAGGCUUUAGUAUUUUGCGCUACUCAGUGGAUUCACCGACCUCAGAGGAUAUUUCUAAAAUGACGUUAGGUGUUCAUGAUACCACAGACUGGUUUUCCUGCAGGAGAAACUCAAACUAUUACCACAGACUUACUUUCAAGCUGAACUGACACUUCUCUCGGACUGAUAUUUCUCUUUUCUCUGCCUUCUGUCCUUGCAUUUUCUCUCUUUCUCUCUAUGACUAUUUAUCUGCCUUUUCUCCUCAUCUUUCUCUCGGGGGAACUUUAAUAAUGUUUGUCUGCAGCCGUGUGGUAUAUUUGUCUUGUAGUCUUGCAUCCUCUCUGCCCUUUUUCCCAAACUCAUAUGUAAGCGAUAGCAAUUAGUUUCAAGUGAAAAAUAUUCAUUAGUGCUUUCUGAUGUUUGUGUGCAAUUCCUCCUCUAAUGUACCCAUAUGGCAAAUCUAACGUAAGACGAACCACUAAAGAACAAACACUCAAAAACAACCACAAUAAAAUCUGUUGUGAAAAAAAAUCAGACUGAUGUUUUUUACUUUUCUGUCCAUACAGAGUUUCAGAUCAGGCUAAUAAGUCUUGUUCGACAAACGAGACAGUUAUUUUGCUAGUUUCCUUCCUCAUGCAGAUGAGCCAGAUGCUAUUCUCUAUAAUGUGUAUGAUACUGACUUUAAAGGUGCAUAAAUUGAAAUGAUCUGAUGGCAAGUUGAUUUCUUUUUUUGUUUGUUUUUUG